AUGACGAAAACUAUUUUCGGCGGAAUUGAAGGGGGCGCUUCUAACUCGCGAAUCGUUCUUCUUGACUCAGAAGGUCGUAUAUUAGGAUUCGCCGAGGGCCCCCCAACUAAUCAGUGGCUGUGCGGGAUUCAGGAGACUGUCCAGCGUCUGUUAACUUUGGUUGACCUCGGCUUGCAAGACGCUAGCAUGUCGCCAGGAACUCCAAUUUCGCAUUUGGUGGUGAACGGCUCUGCAACUGGUGGGUACUUGAAGUAUUUUUCCUGAUUGAUUGUUUUCCUUACUUGGAAUUAGUUUCACACGGCGACCUUUUUCUCUGUUCCACAACCUGUGGAUGAGGAAGCGUGGCUUUAGCAUGGGACAUUGGAACUGGCACACCAUUACCUCAUUCGAAAUCUCAACUAUCAUGAAAUACAUCUUCUUCUCUGUGUCCACUGCCAAAAUGGCUUCAAUAUCUUGUGGAUGGAACUCGCUUACAAUUCAUCAAUGGAUCAUUUGUCAUGAACAUUCUUUUCCCACUCACUUUUGUUGAGUGGUCUCUGUGGCUCCAUCUUUUCAACUUUCCUAUGUGAUCUGUGCUAUCUUAUCGAUGUCCUUCAGCCGAUCAAGCUGUCAACAACGCGGAAGAUGAUGAGACCAACAACUGUUGAUGGAUGCUAUAUCACCUGGUAGAA